AUGUCGGAAUCUCCUGUCUUGGGUAUUUACGAGUCAACAUUUGCUCCAUCGGACAAAACUGAUGCGGUUGUGAUUGUCGGCGAGAAGAAACUACAUGUUAACAAAGCGCUUCUCUCCUAUCAUUCCGAUUACAUCAAGAUGCUUUUCAACAUUAGCUCCUCUGAAAAAUCUCCUCCCGAAAUUCUGAUUGAAGAUGUUAAUUUUGAGCACUUCGCCACAGUUUUGAGUCUCAUCCAAUGCAAUCCGAUCGAAAUCAACAAAUGUGACGUUGAGAAUCUCCUGGAACUCGCUGAACAAUUCGAACUUCCGCUCUCGAAAUUUCAGUUGGAACUUUAUCUCAUAGGUAGUGGCAUGAUGAAAACUGACAAAAUUCGACUAGCUGACAAGUUCGGGCUGAAUGAGCUAUUCAGUCAGUCACUGCCUACUUCAAGGGACGAUUAUAUGAAUCAGUAUACCACUUCAGUAGGUCAACAAUUGUCUCCGAAUUUUACUUUCUUCAAAACGUUAUCCAAGAAGACUACUGUGAGACUUUUCCAUCAGUUAGUCAAAAUCAAGCAAGGACAUUGUAUGGGUGCAACUAUUUAUAAACCGAAAAGCAUUUACGAGUCAACAUACGCUCAAUCGGAUAAAACUGAUGCGAUUCUGGUUGUCGAGGGAAGGAAGUUACAUGUUAAUAAAGCGGUUCUCUCCUACCAUUCCGACUACUUCAACACUCUGUUCAAUGGAGAUUUCAAAGAACAAACUACUCAUGAAAUUCAAAUGGAAUUCGACGAAAUGGAUCACAAACGCAACGCCGAGAAAAUUCUGGAACUUGCUGAUCGAUUCCUUCUUCUUCCAUCUGUGAAACGUACUCUUGAACAAUUCAUCAUUUCCUCUGCAAUCGGUUAUUUUAUGAAGUUUCGAAUCGCUGACAAGUACAAUCUGGAGGAGCUCCUGACAAAACAAAUGGAAUAUUAUUUCCAUAAUUUCCACAUUUGUAAUGGGCUGAUUGCUUUUCCGUUUUAUGAAAAUAUGUCCGAUGACACGAAAGUUAAACUUUUUAAUCACAUGUUGAAAUAUGCUUGA